AGGUGCCCUCAUCUGAGGAAGGAUGGAAAGAAGUUGCAAAUGGCUUCAUGUCUAAGUGGAAUUUCCCCAACUGUUUGGGAGCUUUAGAUGGCAAGUAUAUUGCCAUUAAAGCACCAAAACACAACGGGAGCAUGUUCUUCAAAUAUAAAGGAUUUUUCAGCAUUGUGCUUCUGGCAUUGGUGGAUGCUGACUACAAGUUCACCUUUGCAGAUGUUGGGCCUAAUGGCGGAAUCAGUAAUGGAGGAGUAUUACAGGAGUCCUGCUUUCAAGCAGCUUUGAACAACAAUAGCCUUGGCAUUCCACCUGCUAACUGUCUCCCAGAAAGGAACACUCCUGUGCCUUAUGUUAUUGUUGCAGAUGAGGCAUUUCCACUUAAAGAAAACCUUAUUAAGCCAUUCCCAGCUAAGAGUCUAGAUGAUGCCUCAAGAGUGUUUAACUAUAGACUCUCGCAAGCUCACAGAGUCAUUGAAAAUGCUUUUGGAAUUGUAGUCCACAGACUUCAAAUCUUUCAGUCAACCAUUCCACUUGAGCCGAAAAAAGUUGAGUGA